AUGGAUAAGAGUGAUAAUAAAUCUCGUAGGAAAAUAUUUGCACUUGUUUGGAUUCUUAUCGAAUGUAAUCUUGUUGCUGGAAAUAUUUUUGGAUUUGCAUCAUUAUUCAGUGUAUUACCGAAAUAUGGAAUUUAUCAAUCGAAAUGUAUAGAGUUAUCUGAUGAAGUUAUAUCAAGUACAACAACUACAAAAAGAAUGGAUUGUGCUGGUCAAAUUUCUGAAUAUCAAUUUGCUUUUGCUUUGGGUAUUGGUUUUUAUAAUUUACCAGCUGUAGUUAUUGGAAUGAUUAAUGAUUUUUUUGGUCCUAGAUCUUUAAAAUUAAUAGCAAUUGUUUUUCAUUUAAUCAGUUGGUUAUCACUUGGUUUUACUGCACCUGGUCGUGAUUGGCUUCUAUUAUUCCAUACAGUAUUUUUAUCAUUAGCAGGAAUUUGUACUUUACUUUCAUCAUUUACAAUAUCAGCUCAUUUUACUAAAAAUCGAGGUCUUGUUACAGCAUUGAUAUCAGGUGCUCAAUUAUCUGGUUCAAUUUGGUAUGCAAUAUUUGAAAUUUUAAUUGCUCGAAACUAUUUGUCACUUUCAACAUUGGCUUUUAUAUGGUCGUCAUUUUCAUUAUUAAUGCUUGGAAGUGCUUUUCUUUUUCUUGAUUGGCGUUUUGCAUGUAUUGAUACAAAUUUAAAAACAAAAGCAACGAAAGAAGAAAUUAAAACAAUCAAUUCACAAGAUACAUUAGCUCGACAUUUAACAAAUCCAUUAUUUGUUGUUGUGACACUUUUUCUAAGUUGUCUUCUCCUUACAAUAUCAUUUCUACCAGUUAUUUGGUUUCAAUGGAUAAUGAAUUUAACUGGAAAUAAUUUAGAAUUAACAAAUCGUUAUACAUUUUUCUACAGUAUAAGUUCAGUUUUUGGUAUUAUUAUUGCACCAUUAUGUGGUCUUAUUGUUGAUUUUAAAGCAUCUCGUGGUUAUACACAAAAAAUGUUGAAUAUAUCAAUUUUACAAACUUUAACAUGGAUUGGUUCUGUAGCUCUUUGUAUUGUUUGUAUGCAAAACUCCAUUGUUGCCGCUGUGACAGCUCUUUGUAUUUUAAUAUUUUCCCGUACAUUACUUGUAGCCGGAAGUCAAGCAUUAAUUUGUACUGUUUUUCCACCACAAUUUAUUGGAUCUCUCCUUGGAGUUAUGUGGACAACAGCAGGUAUUAUCAGUUUUUCUACAUAUGGUUUAGUACGUUUACAAGCAAAUCCAAAGUAUUCAUGGCUUGGUUGGCUUAUAGUUUUAAUUCUUUGUAUUAUAAUGGGUGGACAUUUAAUACAAGUUUGGUUUUUAUAUUAUAAAUCAAAAACAACGAAGAAAAAUCAACAAUUGGAAACUUCUAGUGGAGUAUCAUGGUCAGUUGCAGUACCAUUAGAAGAUGGUACACAACAAGUGAUUCAUAUACCUUUUCAUAAUGCAAUACCAAGAAGACAACCACCACCAACAUGCCGUAAUUGUUUUAGUUUUCGAACAUUUGAUGGCGGACGUCGAAUGAUUGUUGAACCAUGUGGAGGACAUAAUUGUAUUUCAAUGGUAAAUAAUACUAAUUCAGAAGAAGAGAAUGAACCAACAGAAGAUUAUGAUUUAAAUAAAUGUGGUAUUAUGAAUGAGCGUUAUAGAUUAAUAAAUAAAGCUUUAACAUUAAAAAUAAGUACAGGUGUUAAAGAUACAUUAAAUACCGCUGAAUAUCCAUGGCUUGUUCGAAUAGAAAGUCGUUCAGAUUUUAAGUCACGUAUAAUAACACUUUGUGGUGGUACACUUAUUCAUCCUCAAUGGAUUCUAACAGCUGCUCAUUGCAUGUUUGAUAGUAAAAAACAUCGUCUUUAUCCAGCUAGUGAAGUUAAUCUUUACAUGGGACAUUAUGAUCGAUCAAGUACAAGUCAAACAGAAUAUCAUACACAACCAAUUCUAUAUAUGGUUCAUCCAAAAUUUCGUAUUAGUCAAAGUGCACCAGCACCGAUUCAUGAUUUAGCAUUGAUUAAAUUAGCUAGACCAGCUCCAAUAUCACCAUUUAUUGAUAUUGCAUGUUUACCACAAAAUGAAGAUACAUUAUCUGAUGGUACAUUAGCAUAUACAGCUGGUUGGGGACAUUCAUCACCUGAUUCAACAGCUGUCAAUGAACCAAGAAAAGCAAGGAUACGUAUAUCACCAAAAUCAUGUCAAAAAUUAAGAAUUAAUAAAGAUUUACAUAUAUGUGGAAGAAAUGCACGUGGACGUAAUAUUUGUAGUGGAGAUUCCGGUACUGGUUUAUUAGUACGUGCUGGUAUUAAAUCCAAUUCAAGUCAUACCGAUUGGAAAUGGCAUAUAUUUGGUAUAGCAAGUUUUGGUCUUGAAGAAUGUUCACGAAAUGUAAAUCAUGAUAAUGCAUUUGCAUCAGUUGCUGCUGAUAUUGAUUGGAUACGAGAAGUGAUGAAAAAAUAUUAA